AUGACGACCCUUUUUACUGUUCCAAUUUCGUCUACCGGCGGAAGCUUUGUCUGCUCCAACCCCACAACCUCGGAGAAGGAGAAGAACAUUUACCUACUCACCUUCACAUCCCCGAAGGAUAACAGACUCACCCCGACGUUUAUAGAUGCCUUUAUCCUUGCAUUGGAUAUUAUCGAGCACAGAUACCCCAAAGGCGUGGUGAUUACCACCAGUGGCAUUCCCAAGUUUUAUAGCAAUGGACUAGAUCUCGACCUUGCUCUCAGCACGGAGGGCUUCUUGGACAAGUGGUUGUGGAAGCUGUUCCGCCGAUUCCUGACGUUAGUAACGGCUCUAAAAGGCCUCGCUGUUUCUCUCUUGACUGAAUACCAUGUUAACUGUAACAGAUAUCCCAUGCCUACUAUUUGCCUCUUGAACGGACACGCUUUUGCCGGCGGCCUCAUGCUGGCCAUGUAUCAUGACUAUCGGAUCCAGAACCCCGCCAAGGGUCUUCUGUGCAUUAACGAGUUGGAAUUUGGAGUCCCCCUCCAAUCACCCAUGAUGUGCAUAUUCCGGGAGAAAUUGACACCCUCGUCUUUCCGGAACCUUAUCCUCGAAGCUAAGCGGUUCGGAGGUCCUGAGUCCGUCAACGCCGGUCUUGUAGAUGGUGUGGGCGGCCUGGAAGAGGUUUUGACGCUUAUUCGGGAGCGUGGACUACAGAAGAAAGCGGCCACCGGUAUCUAUGGGACCAUGAAAGAGGAAAUGUACCGCCACUCACUGGAUAUCCUGGAUGGUCAUGCUGCCAAUUUGGAAUGGAGGGAGCAGUUGGAGGACAAGAAGUACCAGGCGCAAAGGGAUAGUCUGAAAGCUGUUGAGGCGUUUGAGAAGCAGAGGAGCGCGAAGCUUUGA